AGUAUGUUUCUGCAAUGUCAGUCCCUGAAAUCAGCCACAUGUGAAACAGCAAGUACAUUAAACGUUUGGUUUUAGUAUUAUUAGUGUCUUAUAUCAUGCUGCCACUUCCGUCCAUGUAUCGUGGGAUAUGGAGAGCUGCUGUCCACACACUAAGGACAAGCAGAGGGAGUCCACAUAGCACCCACAGUGGAGCCCCAGCUGGACUGGUGGAUGCUGACACCAUCUUUGCGUUGUCAUCAGGCCACGGGAGAUGUGGGGUGGCGGUGGUACGGGUCAGUGGUCCCGCCUCAGUUACAGCGCUGAGGAGUAUGGCCGGGCUUACCCGCAGCCUGCCUUCUCCACGCACAGUCCUGCUAAGGAGCAUCACAGACCCCCAAUCCAAAGAAGUGCUGGACCGUGGACUUGUCCUCUGGUUCCCAGGUCCUCACAGUUUCACAGGAGAGGACAGCGUGGAGUUCCACAUUCACGGCGGUCCCGCUGUCAUUACUGCUGUCUUACAGGCUCUAGGAAGCGUGCCUGGCAUGAGGCCUGCUGAAGCAGGGGAGUUCACGCGGAGGGCCUUUCAGGCGGGGAAACUUGGCCUGACAGAGGUUGAGGGGCUCGGGGAUCUGAUCCAUGCUGAGACAGAAGCCCAGAGGAGGCAGGCUCUCCGGCAGAUGUCAGGAGAACUGGGACGCCUCUAUCAGGACUGGACUCACAAACUGAAACGGUGUCUUGCCCAUGUGGAGGCCUUCAUAGACUUCAGUGAGGAUGAGCUCAUUGAGGAUGGGGUCUUAAACCAAGUGGACAGAUCAUUGUAUGAUCUGCAAACAGAGAUGGAGCGACACCUAAAGGAUGAGAGGAGGGGCGAGAGGCUGCGCAGCGGAGUCCAGGUGGUCAUCGCAGGAGCCACUAAUGCAGGGAAAAGCAGCCUCCUUAACGCACUCUGCCAGAGGCCUGCAGCCAUCGUGUCCCCCAUUGCUGGGACCACCAGGGACGUAGUGGAGACAGCACUGGACAUCGGUGGCUUCCCUGUCCUCUUGAGUGACACAGCCGGCCUCAGAGACAGCCCAGACCUGGUGGAGAGGGAGGGGGUCCGACGGGCUCGGGAAAGGAUGGAGCAGGCAGAUCUGACUCUGGUGGUUGUGGACUGUGCUCCCCUUCCUUCUGAUACCCAGCAAGCUGUAGCCUUCCUUCAGGAACACUUGAGGAGUGUCCUGCCCUCUCAGGAGCAGCAUCACACAGACAGGUGUCUCUUGGUACUGAAUAAGACGGAUCUGCUGCCUGAGGAACAGAGGCAAACGUUGGACAGGGAGCUGAGAAGGAUCUCUGGACUCCCUCCUGUCUGUCUCCUCUCCUGCCACACAAAUGAGGGACUGCAUGAUUUCCUCACCGUGCUACACAGCAGUGUCAAGACUCUGUGUGGCGACCCUCUGUCUAGUGCCCCCACCCUGACCCAGGCUCGCCACAGGGCCCACCUGCAGCAGUGUGUUGCGGCCCUGGCUCAGUACCAGCAAUACCGUGAUACCGACCUCGCUCUGGCAGCUGAGGGUGUCCGGUUGGCUCUCACCAGCCUGGGCCGGAUUACUGGACGGGUUGGAGCAGAGGAGAUCCUGGAUAUCAUCUUCAAAGACUUCUGUAUUGGAAAAUAGUCAGAUGGGUAGCAGCAAAAACAUGAAGUACAUGUAAUAAUAGCCUGCCCAGAGAGGAAGGCUGUGUUCUUGUGUGGUCCCAGAGUAUCGGUAGAGAAAAUGGGACAAAAGGGGCACAGCAUCGGCAUUAUGCCAGCCUUCGAGGCACAGCGAGAGUAAGAAGAAUGAAAUUCCUGUUCUUGGCUGCAGAAUCACGCUGAUCCCAAGACACAGAGAUUUUUAUUUUUUUUAAUACACUGAAAAUAGUUGAGCGUGAUGACAGGUGCCUCAGAGGCCUCGUCUAUGCUGGACAAGUGUUUGGAAGUCGUAAUUUAAAAAUAGAUUUUGAAGGCCUUUGAUAGGUAAAUAUUAGGCUCUUGGGUUGCAACUGAACAGCCAAGGUAAAUUUUGUACUGCAAAAUAAAGUCAGCUCCAGAGACCUGUGCAAGGCCAUGGACUCCGAGUUUGGAUGUUUAUUUGUGCAGCAGGACAAUGAAGAAUUAGUUUUUUGGGAGCAGGUAUCGCUUCAGCUGCACUCCUUCGUGUGAGUGUAUGUUCUAUUCUUGAGAUCUUGUAUUAUUUAUGGGUGUUUUUGCCUUUUAUUGACACAGAUGGUGGAGAAUUAAUAAUAAAUAAGAGGAGAAAGAUUAGGGAUGACAUGCAACAAAUGUUACCUGGAUUGUCUUGAGUGAUGGAUGCUACAACUACAUGGUUAGCGUCUUAAACCCCAGAUGCCUCCAUUGCACGACUGUGAUGAGAAACUAAAUCUGAAUUUUUGCAUUUUUCUGACUUUAAUACAGUAGACACCGG